AUGCGCGGACCAGGAGAGUCCAAAUUCACCGUGGCCAUCUGCGGGGGCGGAGUCGGCGGGCUCACCUGCGCCGUCGCUCUCGCUCGGUACCCCGACAUCCACGUCGACGUCUACGAGUCUGCCAGCGAGUUCGCCGAGGUCGGUGCUGGCAUCGGCAUGUGGCCCCGCACCUGGAAGAUCAUGCAGGCCCUCGGCCUCCAUCGCGACCUCGCAAAGAUCACCGACAUCUCCCCCGAAGAACAGCUGAAGGCGGCAUUCACCUUCCGCAAGGGCGACCAACCAGAGGGCCUCAGUUUCUACACAUUCCGCACCCCAGGUGGCCUCAUCCCCUUUCAUCGCCCCGACUUUCAGGCCGUCCUCCUCCGCCACCUCUCCCCCAGCACGCGCACCUACACCUGCAAGCGCCUGGUAUCGUACGACCAGCCAUCGCGCCCCGGCGCCCCGCUUAUUCUCUACUUCGCCGACGGCACCACGGCCACGGCGGACGUCCUCGUCGGCGCGGACGGCGUCAAGUCGGCCGUGCGGCGGACGGCCAUGCGGGAGCUCGCGCAGGGCAAGAGCAACGCAGAGGCGGCGCAGCUGCUUAGCGCAGCCGAGCCGCGGUGGAGCGGGACCUGCGCGUACCGCACCACGAUCCCCACGGAGCUCAUCAAGGCGCGUCUGCCGGGGCACCGCGUGCUCCGCGAGUCGUUGAUCUAUUUUGGGCAGGACACGCAAUUCACGAUAUACCCCGUCGCGCGCGGGACGCUGAUCAACCUCGCCGCGUUCCGCGCGCGGUACGAGCUCGAGGACACGACGGUGGACGGCGCGUGGGUCGAGGACGUGCCCCGCGCCGAGUUCCUCGACGACUUCCCGCAGCUCGAGCCCGAGAUGCGGGCGCUCCUGCAGCUCGUGGAACGGCCGAGCCGGUGGGCGGUGCACACUACCGCGCCGCUGCCGUCGUUCGUCUCGGGGCGCGUGGCGCUCCUCGGAGAUGCGGCGCACGCGAUGAUGCCGUACCAAGGCUCGGGCGCCGGGCAAGCCAUCGAGGACGCGUACGUCCUCGCGGCGCUGCUGGGCCACGCGGGCACGCGCGCGCAGACGCUGCCGCGCGCGCUGGCGGCGUACGACGCGGUGCGGCGGCCGUGCGCGCAGCGCGUCGCGCGGGGUUCGCGCGAGAACGGGCUGCUGUUCACGCUGAACGUCCCCGGGCUCGCGGGCGGGCUGGCGGAGGCGGCGAAGCGGGUGCGACGGAAUUGGGAGUGGGCGUGGGAGACGACGGUGGAUGGGGAUGUGGAGAGGGCGCUCGCCGGGAACGAGUUUCCCGAUCUUGAAGACGUCGAGACGCCGCAUGGUUCCACACACGACUCAGCGCAGCUAGGGGACGUCGACGAGAAGACGUCUUAUCAUUGGUCGAAAUCACCAGGACAGAUACAGAGGGAUAGAGAGCAGCUUCUGUGCACGUCUGCUGCGGGGCAUGCGCACCGAGGAGGGUUUGGAUCUCUCGACGUCAUGCGUCUUAUGGGCGUAUCCUACUUACCACCUGGUGCAGAAUGA